AGCUAUUACAACAGUGACCUGAGGGCUUUAUAAGCAUAUGAAUGUGUCAUCUUCAAGAGUGAUAACAAAAGAACGUUUCAAUACGAAGUGUUUUCUUGUUCGGAUCAUGAUUUUUGUCAAUGGAGUUCGAUUUUUGUCAGAUUCAUCUCCAGUUGAGGGUGUAAUUGCAUUACUGGAGCACCCUGAUUUGGUAUCUGCCUCACGCACAUUCUGUGCUAUACCAGAAAAGAAAUUUUCGGUUUCUGAAGAAUCUGGAUCACAAGCUAAAUGUGUGUAUGUCUUUCAGAGAGAAUAUGCUACUGCAGAUCCUUCACUUGUUGAGAUUGUUGGCACUGAUGAAGCAACAACCUGUGUUGGCAUUGUCAUUAGAAAUUGCACAAGCGGCAUGACGUCUAUUGGCCAUUUGGAUUCUCCAAAGGUUGUUGAUAUUGGCCUCUCCCAGAUGUUGUCAUUAGUUUCAGAUAGUGAUGAUGACGCUAUUUUGGAUGUUCAUCUAGUUGGUGCAUUUGAGGAUUCUGCUCCUCAAGGAAAUGAUGAUACGGGAUAUUCGUUCCCACUGUGUAUGAAAAUAGUAGAGAAAUUGGCAGAAAGCAAGGUGAAGUUUGAAAUCCGAAAUUUUCAAGUGCUUAAACAUAACACAAGAUGGGACUCUGAGGGAAAUGCAUAUCCGAUCUUCCAUGGGCUACUGGUGGAGAUGUCAAACGGUAGAGUUGUCCCAGGCAGUUUUGAUGCAAGCACAAGAUGUCCAGAUGAAAUCAUUCGGAGGAUCCGGUUAGGUGCUUCCUUUGGGCCUGGGCCCCCCCGCUUACUAGACACAUAUCAAACCCAAACCGAUCGAUUCCUCAUCCCACCUUUUUCUUGGACCAUGCAGCAAUUACGUUUUGCCUUGGUUAUGAGACACCGUUCUGAUCUGGAAAUUCUUCUUACUACUUCAACAUCACCUUCUGCCGAGGGCCCAGAUUUUGUUGCUACUCAGAAAAGGGUAUGGGAGUAUCUAAUCCAACACCCAGAUUGGAAAGAAACUUUUCCUUCAAAGCUGCCGCGUGUAUUUCAGAGGAUUGAAAGCGGGAAUUGGUCCUUGUCAUCGGAAAGAUAGUUGGGAUUAAUGACUUAUUAUUGCAAGAAUUAGCAAUGUACUUGUUAUUGAGUUGUGUGAUAUAGCAUCCUACUUGUAUUUCUUUCUAUUACAUCACUCCGUUUUCUUAUUAAGGCAUUGUACCUGAAAAACUCACCUAAUUAUUGAAUUACUAGAU